AUGUGGCAACUAUUCAUUGUGCAACAACUGAACAUUAGACCACCCAAGAUGCUUUUGUUGUUUCUCCUCGCGGGAUUUCAAAAAUACGACGAAGAUUUUUGGCUGAGGAAUGAUGGUGAUCUUCGCAUACAUACUACAUACACACACACACACACACAUACAAACACAUACACACACAGACACAGACACACAUACAGACAGGCACGCAUAUGCACAUCGACAGACGCGUACAUAUACAAACAGAUGGGCAAGUAG